CCAAAAAUUCCUUAUAUAAGUAAGGAAAUUAAGCAACUAAAUUAGAGAGAUCAAUGUCAAGAAUUUAUAAUUUUAUUUUUUUUAUAUUCACAAUGUACACAGCAAAGUUGGGCUUUUCUUGGGCUUAUAAGCCCGAAAAAUUAUCAUGGGCCAAAACCAAACCCUAUGGUCAUGAGCUCAAAACUCACCUAGAAUUCUACUUUCAUGAAAUCUCCAUCGGAGACUCUGCAACUGUUGCCUUGAUAGCCCAAGCCCAAUAUCAGCCCGAAGAGUCCAGCAGCGUAUUUCCCUUUGGUAACUUGUACAUGCUCGAUGACCGACUGACAGUGGGACCAGACCCGAACUCCAAACUUUUGGGCCGGGCACAGGGUUUUUCGGGUUCGGCCUCGCAGGAAAGUGUGAGCUCUAUGAUGGGCUUGACUUAUAGCUUUACAGAUGGGAUCUUUAACGGCAGCUCUUUUGUCAUUUUGGGCCGGAAUGAGCUAUUGAAUCCUGCCAAGGAAUUACCAGUUGUUAGAGGUACUGGUCUUUUUAGGAUGGCUCGUGGUUUUGCUUUGGCCCGAACUUACUACUUUAAUGUUACUUUGGGUGUUGUCAUUGUUGGUUAUAAUGUUACAAUGUUUCACCCUAAGAUUCCAAAUUCAUAGUUGAUUUUAAUUUUUUUAUUUUUUUUUUGUAUAUUUGUAUUUAUAAAUGUUAAAAAAUAAAAUGUACAAUUUAGUCAUUCCAUGUCCGCUAGGUUGUACAUUUACGGGUUAUGUAA